AACAGAAAGGCAGAAGACUCUGAGAUGUGUUUCAGACAGCAUUGAUCACAGCAUCAAGAAGGGGGCUAAAGAAAUGAAUAAUUACGAAGUAAAACUGGGGUUGGAAAAAGAUUGAAGACUUUUAUGUGACUUUUUAUGUGAACAAGGAGUACAACACUUCACGGAGAGAAAGUGAUGUGCACUGUAAAUGGUGGUAGGGCACAAUUUAAAGUUGCCUGAAUAAACACACACCACUGUACCAAGAAGAUGACAACUGCACUGACAAACACCAUUAUUAACCGAACAGACAUGCUGUCAAACAACUCUUUCAUCCAUCACACAGCCUCAGAACUCAAUCAUUCCUGCUCUUUGGAAGAAGAUGCCCAGCGUGUGCUGUUUGCUGUGCUCUAUUCUCUCAUCUUCCUAUUUGGAUUGGCAGGGAAUGUGCUGGCUCUCUGGGUCUUCAUUUUCCUCCACUCACGCCACAACUCGGUCCGCAUCUUCCUCAUCAACGUGGCUCUGGCUGACCUAGUGCUUGUAGCCUGCCUGCCAUUCCGCAUCCUAUACCACACAAUGGGCAACUAUUGGCCCUUAGGGCCCAGGAUGUGCAAAGUUGUUGGCAACCUCUUCUAUAUGAACAUGUAUGUAAGCAUCACCUUGCUUGGUCUUAUCAGCCUGGACCGCUAUGUCAAGAUACAAGGUUUGCCAAAAACAUGGGCAUCCUGCUGCCACCGCUGGCUAAAGGGAAGCAGAUGGAGUGUGGUGGCAUGCAGUAUAUUGUGGAUUGCUUCACUUCUAGCUGUGGUGCCUAUGAUUGCACUGGCUGAGGGCAACGAGGAGCAGGGGAAGUGCUUCCAGUAUAAGUCUCGAAGACAGGCACGCGGAAAGGCGUACUUUAACAUAUUUAUGGUGGCCAUUUUCUGGUUGGUGUUCUUGCUUCUGGUGGUCUCAUAUGGGCAGAUUGCCCGGCGUCUAUUGCAAGUAUCCCAUGACAAGCCAGACCUGCCUAAUGCAGGCCACUACUCCCGUGCUGCUAAAAAGUCAUUUGUGGUACUUUUCUUGUUCACCGUCUGCUUCGUGCCUUACCAUGCCUUCAGGGGAGUUUAUGUGCAUUCUCAACUUACUGAGACCCCCUGUGAGAUGCGCCGUCAUAUAGACCGUGCCAAUGAGUUUAUGUUGCUCCUCUCAGCGCUCAACAGCUGCCUGGACCCUCUGAUGUACUUUGUGUUAUCAGCUUCAGUGCGUAAGGCCACACUAAGUGCUAUUUCCCGUCUGUUCUGUAUGUUCAAUCACUCCACCAUCAACACCUCUACCACAGAGUUCCAGCGGGCAUCUGGGUCCCAAGUCCCAAGCUAAACACCACAGAAAUGUAACUGUAAAGUAUGUGGAGACCUGACCACCACACCCACUUGUGUUUGUUGGGCAUUUCAUUCCAAAUUGGCCAUUAAUAUGGAGUUGGUCUAACAUUUAAAGACAUAACAGUCUUUCCACUAGAUUUUGUAAUGUAGCUAUAAGUGUUGGGGAAGAAAGCACUGUGCAGCCUGUGUUCCAAGUCAUCCCAAGUGUGUUGAGUGAGGUUGAAGUGAGGGCUCUUUUAGGCCACUCAAAUUCUACCACAUCAACCACUUUGUGCACAUUGGUAACUUUCAUGCUGGAACAGAUUUGCGACAACAGUGUGUGACCCGCAUAUUGGUGUGAUGAUCAGAUGUCCACAUAUAUUCACACAUGUAUCUAUAUGUGUAUGAACUCUGAGGGUAUGAACUCUAAAUGAGAAUACAGAAGCCUUUACACGAAAGACUCUUCAGACUAUAACAGAUGGAUCAUGGAAAGAUUCAGUGCUCAGUCAAUCUCAAAGCGUGAAGAUCCUCACAAAGCUAAAGGACUGUAUAUGUGGAUUAUACCAGCACUUCCUCUGGACAUUUCAAAAGUCCAUCAUUAUAAGAGAAAGGUAGCCGUGCAUUCUUUCUGCUAAAAUCUGAUAAUAUGGUCAAAAAUGUGCCAAAAUGUAUUAUUAGUAUAGGACACUCGAUCCAUUUUGAAAAAUAUCAUUGAUCAAAGCUGUAAACUAAAAAAAAAAAAAAAAUCACAGCUACACAAAAACUCCCUUAAAUAACCACAUGGCUGUAAAACCAUGGACAAAUGGUUAAGUGGCCUCAGACUUACAAACUGCAAAACUCAGUGAUGUAUAGUGAUGAUAAUGGGUGAAAAUUGACAAAACCAAACUGAGUAAAAUCAAUAGUUUACGAAUAGCUAAUUUUAUAGGUGGAAUGUUAGAAUACUAUUUGUGAUCAUUGGAACUCAGUGUUAAACAAUGUGUGAGGACUCUUUAAAGCAAUUAUUUUCCUGAUGAGAAAUAACUGCACUGCAAAUUUGUUAAAUGAAUCACAAGAACAAAGAUGCAGAUGCACACAAAUUCUAGCACACACAGAGCACAUGAUGUCUCAAAGUCAAAAAAAUUGUAAAGCCAGAAGAGGGAUGUGGUCAGUGUUGCAAGAAUGAUUUGUCAGCACUUAUUCAAGGAACUAAACAAUCGGUGAGAACACAUGUGGUUAAGAGCCCCCUUCAAGUAUACCGAUUUUAUACUGUGACUCAUUUCAGGUAAGGCAGAGAGUGGUAAUGUUUCUCAUCCCCUCACUGUUGACAGCUCUGUGGUUUUGAGUACUAGGCAGUAACAUUGGCUUGUAUGUGAAAUAAAAUACAAAGUAGAAUUAAAAAUAAAUAUCAGCCCUCAUAGAAUCCAAUCACAAACAUGACCCCUAACGCAAUCUUCUCACCACAUUUACGUAUAUGUCAUUGCCAUCUGUUUCAGACCUUCUAGUCAUUGUGUUUGCUCCACUGCAAGACAGCAAUUAAUAUAUAAACAGCACUGUUGAAUUCUUGAUUCUGUCUGGUCAGAUUAAUUAAUAUUCCAUACACAGCUUUGUGUGUAUUCCAUGUGCUUUAUGUGUAUUCCAUAUUCAGCAGUGCUGGCUGCAACAUAAAGGUUUAUACUGUUCUAAGACUCCUUCAAAGAAAUGAUUGUUUCUACAGUAACAGCUCAUUUACAAGGACUUGUACAGCAGACAGCCCAUGUAAUCCAAGCCUAAUAAACAAUGGAUUUACCAAGGUGUCAUUUAAUUCAGAAAACUGGAUAUUGCUAAUAUGGUGAAGGUUUCCAUAAGCAUAUCUUUUUAUACUAUUUAUGGAUGGAGUGUCAGUGUUUUUAAAGAGGACUGUAAAAUUACAAGCUGUGAUCAUUUUUGUCUUAAUAACUUCAAGGAAAACAAGAAGUCCCCUGAAGGAUAACUAGAAGCAACUUAUUUCGUACACAUUCCACAUCAUUAGAUAUCUGUAACUGUAAAUGUAAUAAAAAGGUUUAACUUCUAGGAAAUUGCUACACUUCAUGUUGAGCCACAUCAGUUGAACCAUUCAUUCAUUAAUUAUUUUUACUAUAAGAGUUUGCCCCAUUAUGUUUUAUACUUUAGUUAUGGCGGUUUUGGUCUGGCAAAUUAAUCUCUAUAUUGAAACUGAAAAUUUAAUAAUAAAACAAUGGUCACUACAGCAACAAACGCAUAUACAAAGGCUGACUGCAUACACUGACUGCGUAUCUAACAGAUUAAUAUAGGAGAACAGUCUUACCUUGACAUCUCGAUGAAUAACAUUGUUGUCAUGGCAGUAGCGCAGUGCUUCUAAUAUCUGACGCAUGUAGUGGCUGAGGGCAGCGAGAAAGAUAAAAUGAUGCAGAGUUUUAAACUACAUAUGCUUGCUACUCAGAAAUAUCCAAGGAAAAAAUAAGAAUAUGGCUAAAUACCUGGCCACAGCCUCACUAUAGACAAAACCUGCAUCUGCCCUCUUCACAAUCUCAAAACAAAGAUCUGCGCCAUCCAUACUAUACAAGCAGAGGAGAAAGAAUGUGUUAGGGAAAAUAAAACACUUUUAUUUACACUCAUCAUGACAGACAGACCGACUAACUGACUUACAACUCGAAAACCAUGUAGAGCAUUCCAUCUGAGCUGUAGGUUUCCAGGAGUUCUACAAUGUGAGGAUGCUUCAGCAUGUGACAGAUACUAGCUUCUCGCUUCAGAUCUACAAAGGAAGAAAAAAAAAGAUAGGACACACAUCAGAUACUAUCUUAAGUGAAAUCAAUUUAAUAGUAAUGAAGCCUAUAGAUCACAAAUUUCACACCUUCUGUAUGAUUAAAACUGUUUAUUUAUCAAUAACCAAUAAAACAACCUUUACAUG